CACGAUUCAAUGUGGAAGCAUCAAAACUAAAUAAAUAAACUCUAUUUUCAUCGAAAUAAUACUUUGUAGUUUUUUAUAUUUACUGCAAACAUUCCGUUAUUCGCAUAAGAGCAUUUCAUAUUGCUGGAAUUUAUGCAUCAAAACUUAAGUCAAAAGUUUCAAAAUAAUACCAAACCAAAAGUUAAAAAUGCUGAGCUGGAGUGAUGAGAUGAACCAAAUGCUUGUUGCAUUCGAAUACCAAGUCAAAUUUUCCUUGAGCAAUAUUAAACAGGCCCUCAAACGCAAUGGUCUUGUGUUCAAUGAUGACUUCAAGCAAUACUUUUUGCGUGUUUCGUAUGAUCGGAUCAAGUAUGUGUACGAUGAAUUCGAAAUUAAAUCAAUCUUCGAGGAUGCGAGCACGUCAGCAACUGACGAAUAUCCGAAUUUAUUUCAUACUCCAAGGAAUGAUAUGAACGAUAUCCAACAAACAACCAAUGACCCAUUUGAAAUCAUUGACUCGAGCCAUGGCAUAUCACAUCAAUCAAACGAUUAUACUGAAUUUGACGACAAUGGAAGCUACACCGAAAUGUCUGACACGAAAUCAAAUAUGUUUGAUUAUCAAGGAGAUGUUUCGAAGAACAGAUAUGUGGAGGUUGGUAUUAGGAAUGAAAUGGAAACCGCAAUGAAAGCGGAGGAAAUAGAAUUGGACGAUGGCACUCUGAUAGCCGCCAUUAAUGUACACCGUGCUAUGAACACAAUGAACAAAUACACGUCAACUGUCACUUUAAACAAUGAAGCAAACAACGUCGAUGGUGCCAAAAAGAAUGACACGAAAGGAAGAUCCGUAGGACGUCAAAAAAACCCGGCUGAAUCGGGUUCAACUCUAAAAAUAUUGCGUAAUAAAAAGUCAACUUCAUUAAACCCGAUGGUUACGAAGAAGCGAUUCAACUGUCAACUUUGUGAAUAUUCUAGCAAUCGCAAGUGGGACUUCAAGAAACAUACGCUUACUCAUACAGGUGAAAAACCAUAUCGAUGUGAUAUAUGCCAAAAAGAAUUCACGCAGCCAAAUCAAUUGAAACAGCACAAAGGGACUCACACAAAGGAAUUUUCGUUCCAUUGCCGUGGCUGUUUCAGUGGAUUCUCUCGAAAGGCCGAAAUUGAUGCGCAUGAAAAAUUAUGCAAAGCGCGUAGCUAUGAAUGUUAUAUCUGCAAGAAGUAUGUCAUUGUUCGUAUAACUCAUUUGAAAAGGCAUAUGCGAACGCACAACGGUGAAAGACCGUUCCGGUGCGAGAUUUGUAUGAUGCGUUUUACAGAAAAAUGGAAUCUGAAGAGACAUUUGGACACCAUUCACACCAGAAUCAACCCAUAAA